AUGAAGCGACAGUUGCCCCCAAGCAGCAAGCUCUGGAUUUUGGAGCAUGUAGUGAUUCGACGUCUGCCUCCCAGUUUGACUAAGGAACAACUUGAAGAACAUCUUCAGCCUUUGCCUGAACAUGACUAUUUUGAAUUCUUUGCUAAUGAUUCCAGUUUGUACCCUCACAUGUUUUCCAGAGCAUACAUCAACUUUAAAAACCAAGAAGAUAUAGUUCUGUUCAGGGAUCGCUUUGAUGGUUAUGUUUUUGUUGAUCACAAAGGUCUAGAAUAUCCUGCCAUAGUGGAAUUUGCACCCUUUCAGAAAGCUGCCAAAAAGAAGAAUAAGAAAAAGGAUGCCAAAGCGGGGACCAUUGAAGAUGAUCCGGAGUACAAGAAAUUCUUGGAAAGCUAUAGUGCUGAUGAUGAAAAAUUAACAUCUACUCCUGAGACGUUACUAGAGGAAAUAGAGGCAAGAAACAAAGAAUUAAUAGCAAAGAAAACAACUCCUCUGCUGAACUUCUUGAAGAACAAGCAGAGACUUAGAGAAGAGAAACGAGAGGAGAGAAGGAGGAGAGAACUAGAGAGGAAAAGACAAAGGGAGGAAGAAAGGAGGAAAUGGAAAGAAGAAGAAAGAAGGAAGAGAAAAGAAGCUGAAAAAACAAAAAAAGUGGAGAGGUGUCCAGAAAAAGAAAGGGACAGAUCAAAGGAUGAACCAAAGAUUAAGCUACUUAAGAAGCCAGAAAAAGAUGAAAGAGACUUCGAAAAAAAGGACAAGGCCAAGAAACUGGAGAAAGAGUGUGUGAGGGAAGAAAAGGGUGCCAGCUCGGUCAGCAGUGUGUCAGCCAAGCUCUGCGAUGGGGAAAUGAAAGAGGAGAAAGCCAAAAGAUUAGAAGAUGACUGUGGAAAAGAUUACAGGGAGAGAGAGAGAGAAUAUGACCGAGACAGAGAAUAUGAGAGAAUCCAGCGAGACAGAGAUAAAUUUCGACGCCAAGAAGAAGAACGUCGGAGACAAAAGGAGCGUUUUGAGAAAGAGAAGGUUUUCAGGAGGAAGGAGGAAGAUGUGAAGAAGGACAGAGACUCCUUGCGUGAGAAAGGAAAGAGAGCUGAAUUAGCGGACUACAUGGGCAAUACCGAGAAACCUGAGAAAGUAACCAAAGAAGAUAAAAAAGAUGAUACAACCAAGAGGGAUCGCAUUAGAAACAAGGAUCGUCCAGCCAUGCAGCUAUAUCAGCCUGGAGCUCGGAGUCGAAGUCGUCUGUCUGCAUAUGACGAAAGUUCUGCAAAGUCCCCUGAUCAAGCAGCAGAAAAAAAGCAGGAAUGUGAAACCAGUAACACAAAAGAGGAAGAGUGAAGAACUUUGUAUGUUCUUACUGACCUAGUAGCCAAAGAGCAUGAACUGUGCAAGUCCAGAAGUGCCUUGGAGGAGACGGAAGAGGAGAAAGGAAAGGGGGAAUGAGUACUUUUGGAUGCCUUUGGUUUCAAAGCCUCAAUGCAGAGUCAAGACCCAAACUUGCAUUUUUUUUCAGUUGGAAGGGAUGGUGGCAGAUGAAGGACCAAGUGAAGAAUACUUCCUGAUCCCAUAAAAUUCAAAGGCAUUUUCACCUUAAAAUAAGUCAGGUGGCUAACAGUAGCCCAAAACAAGUCCUGUCUUCAGAUUAAAGCCACAAACCAGUAUUUGCACUUAAAAUAUAGCCUCCUUGGAGCUGCAUUGAUGCUCAAGUAUUAAUGUCUCUAUCAUUGUGCUGUGCGGUCCUGCAGCCUGUGUUACUAACUGGAGGGGAAAGCCUAAGAGUUGUUUAGUGUUGAGAAGCCUUCUGUGCUGCUUGUAGGGAGAAGCAAGGGAGUUUUUUCAUGUUCUUUCACUGAAAUUUGGAUAGCCUGAAUGAAAUAGCUGAGCUUGAGGCUGUAGGAAAGAAAUUCUGUUUUAUGCAUCUCAUGUAAUAUUCAGCUGUUGGUACACCUUUUAUUUUAAAGGUAGCUAUGCAGUCCUUAACACUCUCAGCUUUUUCCCCUCUUGGGAAACUGUCAUGUUUCAGUUGUAUAUUGCCUUCCCUAAUGCAUUAGAACAGCCUUUCCCAGCCUAGUGCUGAACAGAGGUAUGAGAUUUCAUCACCUACCCCCCAUCUGCAUGUCCAGUGGCAUCAGGGGCGGAGAUAGGAGUUGCAGUCCAGUACAUCUGGAGGGUAGCAAGUUUGCAAUAGAAACCUCUGACUACCCAGAAAGAAGUUUGCUAAGCAUUUUGUGGCUCCUCAUGCUAAUACAAUACUGCUAUUUUAUACUGAAUAAAACCCUGCGAGAUGCUGUUUGAAACUGCUUACAUUAA